UCUGUAGAAAAUAUUUCAUUAGAACAAGUUGUAUAAAUAAAUCUAAUUCUAUUGAUUUUUUCUAUAGAAUACUUUCUAUUGCACAUUUCAAUCGAAUCGACCGAAAACUAACAGAAAGUUCAAUAGAAAUCCUGUAGAAUUCUCUAGCGAAUUCGCUAGGGUUUUCAAUUAAAUUGUUUCAUCCGUGCGAAUGACAUCUAGUAUGACGCAAUAUAAUUUCAUGACUGCAGUUGACUUUGAAUGAUUUAAUUAGCGUCAGUAGCUCCUCGAUAAAAUUCAUGAAACUCAUAUUCCGCACGAAAUGGAUGAUCUACAUAAUCAUAAAUCAAUUAUAAUCGGUAACAUAAUAUAGUAUAAAAAUUGUUGAUAUAAAUUUCGUUCGCAUUGACUGUCUGUAUGGGUUGCUAGCUUGUUCGAAUAAAGAUUACCUAGUCUUUUAUUAAUACAUUCCGCGUUCUCUUAUGUUUAUUUCCCUGGAUCACGUGUCACGCCCACAUCAUUCGACAUAACCCGCUGAAAUCAUCUGUGAAUGCGUAAAUUCUAAGAAAAUUCUCGAGUAAAAAAAUCAGAUUGAAACCAUGAAUAUACGAUGCUGUCUACGUCCUAUGCUCCACCAGUUUGAUCGAGCAUUUCCUAUUAUUACACAUCGUGCGGAAUUAGCAACUGCUCUUAAACAGGAAGUGAUUAAAAAGAAGAAGAAGAAAGGGAUCUGGCCAUGGUCGAAGGAGCCCGAAGACGAGAAGAUCAAGAUUUUAAGACCAGGAGAAUGCGAAGAGAAAGAGACCUUUCUCGAUCCAAAAUGCAAAGUGGCGAUAAUAGUGAACGGCGGAAAGAGCUUUGGCCUGUCGGCAGCGCAUUCUCUUCUGCAUCAUGGGGCUAAGAAUGUCAUUGUGGCUGAUGAUAGCCCUUCCGCUGGGCAAAAGGCAGCCCAGCAUCUGUGUGAUAUGCACGGAAGAGAUCGUGCGCAUUUUGCAUUGUGUGCCCUCAACAGCAUCUGCAAAUUCGAAGCAGUCUUCGACUCUGUACUAUGCAGACAAAGAAACAUCCAUAUUUUAUUUAAUAAUCUUGAUGGUACUACAACUCCGUCACAAUUGUGUGGUGAAAAUGAUGGAGAUGACGCUGACUGGAGCAAAACUAGAAGGGCGAUCGAGGUGGGGGUGAAAUUCAUGGGGAAACAGAAUGGCGGGGCAGGGGGGAUUAUCAUAAAUACCGCGAGGAUCCUCGGCUUCAUGGGAUGGCCGGAGGAGCCAGUGCCUGUUUACUGCACGAAGGAACCUGUCGUCGAGACGACACAGGAUUUGGCUAAAAUGUAUGCAUUCGAAAAAACUGGUGUGCGAAUAAUCACUCUUCUGGAGGCUUCCAGACCAUUUGAGGAAAUUGGUUUGCCAGAUUUUCCAGCUGCGGGGACGAAACCGGAGCGAGGGAAACCAGUGUACACGGCGUGCGCAUCGGCAAUGGAAUCGAAAAUUGGUAGAGCGAUUGUCCAUCUCAUGGCGAAGGCCGAGAACGGAAGCACAUGGCUGAUGGAGUCGGCGUCACCUCGAGAAUUACCGAGGCUAAUUCAUUUCCCUAGUAAAGAAGGGGAGAAAAUCGACCCAAAGAUCUAUGACGAAGUACCAUGUCCUCCUGCCUUCGAAUCAUUCUGUGCAUCGACAAAGGACAGCACGUGUUCACCGGACAUAAAAACCCAUUGCACUCCUUAGAAACCAAAGAAAUAAAAAAAUUCAAGGGUAUAUUUCGCAUCAAAACAACAUAUAUAAUGAACGAAUAUAUUAUCAUUUAUUUCGUGAAUGCAAAAAUAGUUCCAUAUAUUAGAAAAAUUAUAAAAGUGGUCGUAUAAGAUUGUGAUCGCGUCUUCACUUCAGAGGCUGAACCUUAAUUGAGAUUGUCUUGGUUUCCAAGUAGCCCUCGAGGCCCUUCUCACCCCUAAAAAUUGAUAAUAUUUAGAGAUACAUUUUUUUUAAUGAAGAAGCUUGAUUCGAGUACUCACAGCUCACGACCAAUUCCAGACUGUUUGUAUCCUCCGAACGGAGUUUGUGGGGUGAUGGCAUCGUAGCAGUUGACCCUGACAACAACAGAAGAUAAAGUGUUUCAAUUGAAAAAUUUCAUUUUCAUGAUCUGAUUCCAUUGAGAGAAAUUAUUACAUUAUACUGAUAUUAUUUAACAUAAAUAUCUCUUCAUUUGAAAACGAGAAAAACUGUUUCCACAAUUUGUACACCACAAUGGGAAUAGAAUCCAAUAAAUUUAAUUUAAU